AGUUUAUGUCGGGCUGUCAAAUGGUGAAGCGGUGAAGUCGAGUCGUUGUGGGAUAUGCAAGAUACGUGUCGAGUGCGAUUGAUGCAGUUUUUUGUUAUUUUUAAUUUUUAAAGUUGUAAAAUGAAAAUAAACAAAAAUAGAAUCACAUUAAUUUUUAAAAAGUUCAUGACAAACCUAAACUGAACCAAGUGCAUAUACCCGUGCCCCCACGUCGCGUCGAACGUUGAACGCGCCCGGUGCAGUUGCUGCCUCAUGUGCCACUGCAACGUUACCGCUGUCCACGAAACAAGAUCAAAAUGUACAGUACGUAAUCGAUGAACUUUUGUAAUCAAUUUAAGCAAAACAAACGAGCUCGAGUGCGCCUAAGUGUAACCAAUAAGAUAAGAGAGAAGAAAAAAUUUUAAAACAAAAAGUGUAGAUACUAUAAACAAACAGUUAUAAAAUUAAAAUUGAAAUAUAAAUAAGCAAAACACUAUAAUGAACCAUAAACCUUUCACUUAUAACGAAGUAUGAAAAUCACAAAAAUAAGCCAAAGCGAAUUGUGUGUAGACGGCCGACCGCUUGUCUAUGCUAACAAAAUGUAGUGUGAUUAAUCGACGAAUUGCGGGAAAAAUAGUACAAACACACCCUAAGCUCAGUUCAAUAUAUCGGUUUCAUAUAAAAACAACAAUUCACAGCUGUUGAUUUUGGUUAAUUCAGUUUUAUACGAAACAAGUGCGUCCGAAACAAAUGCAAAUAGUGAAAUUGAACGCCCUAAUGUGCUUACAACUAACGAAACGAGUUUGUCGUUAUCACAGUCUCCGUACAUAACUUGGUGAUGCAGUUAACCCAUUUAGACCCAAAUAGACUCUCACCCAAAAUAUAACAACAACUACAACAAAUACAACGUCCACAACGUCUACAACAAUCACAUCAAACCAAACAAACUGAGCUGAAAUGAAGAUGCUUAAAGAAUCAUUUUGAGAAUAACGAGGUACGCGGUGAGGUGUAUAGAAAAUAUUGUUUUGAACGCAAAUUACCGCUUGCCGUGCAGAGACGUUAAUAAAGCGUAAAAAACAAGUUAAACAAGAAGUUAAGUCGAAGACAACACAUAACAUAAACAAUCUCAACUACAACCAAAACAAUAACAACAUCGAAAACCACAACAAAAAGUGACCUACAAAUACGAGUUUCGGAUUUUGCUUAAGAAUCACGAACUACGGUUUAAACGGCAAAAGCUUAAAACCAGCCGAGUUUGCUCUUUUUCAUAUGCACAACCAGACAUCAUAACGUGCUGAGCGUAUAAUAUUUACAAUGGCAGCUACUCAAACGGCAACCAUAACGACAACAGUUAAGAAGCCUGGUCCACCAGUGCCGCCUAGACCGCAACAUACCAGCGCCGCAGCGAGUUUAUUGAAAUCGCAACGAGAAUCAAUUACGAGUGCAAGCGUAAGUCGUGCUUCGGCAGUAACCAGUUUAGCAAAUGCUAAAGCAAGACCAAUUGCACCAACAACUGCAACAGCAACAGCAACAACAACUGGAACAACAAAUGGGUCAGAACAGCCGCCUUUGGUGCAAAGAAAACACUCAUUGUCAACACAAAGUGCUGCAGACGGGCGCACCAUAAUCUACAAAUCGCCAGCUACGAGUUUGCAACAGAAGCAGGAGGAACGUGAAAAACGUUUGUCUGGUGCUACAAAAGUACAAAAUGGUACACAAACGACCUAUGCAACCAAACCACCACUGAAGCUGCGAAAAGCACCCGAUGUGCCCAAUAUUAAGCCAAGAGUUGCUAACAAAACUGAAAUAGAAAAUAAUAAAACCGAAAAAGUCAUUGAAGAAGUUGCUAAUGAAACGAAAUCUAUAGACUCGCCCAUACAACAACAGCAAAAACAACAAAAUGUGGACUCAACCACCAAUAUGAACAGUGAUAAUAAUAAGAAAAAUAUUGUUAUAGUGCAGGCCACAAAUGUUGUUAACUUAAGUCGUCAUCAUUCGAUGGGUUCUCCUAAGCCAGUUACCUUAAAACCCACACGAUUUAGUUUAGGCAAAGCAGAUUUUGAACGUCCCGGAAAAGUACAAUUACGUGUCGAUCAAUUGCAGCCAAGUCAACCAUUACCGAAACCACGUAAAAUUGUGAAAAUGCCAGUUGCCACAUUAGAUUUGGAGGAUGAAACGAAAAAUACAACUUCCAAUACAACAACUGGCAUUAGCCUGUUCCGUCGCUCGAAGACAACUCUUGAUAAUAUAGCAGCACGUGCAAGUAUCACAAGCGUGAAUAGUGAAAAAUCCACAACUAAUAGUUUCCUAAGCGGUAAAACUGUAGAACUUAAAAAUAAUCUCAAAAACGCAGCCGAACGCUUGUUCUCAGAAAUUAUAGUCAAUCAACAGAAACAAGCCAUUGAAGCUCCCACAAUCAUAACCAAACAUGAACGUGCAAUACAGCAUCAGGCGUUGCUUGAACAGGAAUUAGCUGUGGAACAACAGCGUCGUCUACAACAAGCCACCAUGGAACAAACAAUACGCGUCAUAUCGAGCACGCCAACCAGAGACUUAGUUAACCAGCAAAAUUAUACACGCAUUAAUAUUAAUUCGGCAGCUACAACUCCAGCGAAGUCUAAGCCACCAAUCGAAACUUUAUUAAAUUCUCCAGAGAAGAAAGCCGCAUUUCAUGAAAUGCUCAUCUCAGAAUUGGCAGCUAUGCGUAAUCGUUCAAGUUCAAUGGAGAAUUUACGCUCUAAGGAUAUGAGUAUUUUUGAUAAAAAUCAUGCUCAGAUGCCUAAGUUAGAAAAGAUUUUCAAUAAAACAAAUACGCGUCUACGUUGUAACUCAAUAGAAGAUCAUGAUCCAGAUACAGAAGAUGUUGAUGAGGAUAAUGUUGAGGACGCGGAUGGUGAAGAAGAUGAUUUAAAUAAGCAUAUAAUAACAAGUAAUAAGAGCACACCGCGCAAACGUUAUCCUUCCGGUUGCUCUUCGGAUUCUUCACCUUAUGGUACUGAACGAUCUACACGCAUACGCACCUCUGAUUGGAUUGAAGUUGGUGAUAACGGCAAACAAGUUACUUUAACUAGUUGUCAUAUAAGCUUAGAAGAUUCGGGCUUGGAAGAUGAGGAACGUUUAGACGAUAUGUCCUCCUCGGGUGUUGGUGAUUCAUGGGAUAGCGUAAAGGAGGCAGAAAAUGAGAAACGAAGUCGUAACGUUAAAAGGUGAG